UGUAAUAAUAGAAUAAAAUAAAAAAAAAAUAGAUUCUUUUUAUUGGAGGUGUAACGAAUACUUUGUAAUUUAAGGGGCUGCAGCUGCACUCACCUGAUUCGUUCUAAAGGUUUCGACGGUAAAGAGGUCAUUGUCCUUUACCUCUUACCUCUUCAUUCUCUUCCCUUGAUUUGUUUCAUUCUCUUAUUGGUGAUUCAGCCUCAAGGUUUUAGUGAGGCGCGUAGACUGCGGCGUUGUCCUCGUCAAUUUUCUAUAAGUGGGCUCUCAAUGUGUCUUUUCCUUUGCGAGUCUCUGAUUCUGGUGUUACAUAAGCUUAUUUAUUAAUUAUAUCAUCUGUUUUAUUUCACUAAUUAGCUUAUUAUUGAAUUAAUGUGGCAACUCCUUGGCUAAAGUGGAGUUAAAUUUAUUACGUAACACAUGGCUUCCUUGAUGGAGCUAUUUAAGGCCCCGUAACUCCUCUCCUUACCUUCAUUCUAAUUAAUCAGUUUUACACAUUCUCUCUCUCUCUGAAGACUCGAAAUGGUUCUUUCGAAAACUGCCUCUCAGACAGAUGUCUCUGUCCAUUCAACCUUCGCCUCUCGCUAUGUCCGCGCCUCCCUCCCCAGGUUCAAGAUGCCGGAACAAUCGAUUCCGAAGGAAGCGGCGUACCAGAUCAUAAACGACGAGCUGAUGCUUGACGGGAACCCUCGGCUGAACCUGGCCUCCUUUGUGACGACGUGGAUGGAGCCUGAAUGCGACAAACUCAUCAUGGCUGCCAUCAACAAAAACUACGUCGACAUGGAUGAGUACCCUGUCACCACUGAGCUCCAGAACCGGUGUGUUAACAUGAUAGCUCAUCUUUUCAAUGCACCACUUGAAGAGUCAGAAACUGCAGUUGGUGUUGGCACCGUUGGCUCAUCAGAGGCCAUAAUGUUGGCUGGAUUAGCAUUCAAAAGGAGGUGGCAAAACAGAAGGAAACAAGAAGGGAAGCCAAUUGACAGUCCUAACAUUGUCACUGGUGCCAAUGUUCAGGUUUGCUGGGAGAAAUUUGCAAGGUACUUUGAGGUGGAGUUGAAAGAGGUGAAGCUGCGUGAUGGAUACUAUGUAAUGGACCCUGAAAAGGCUGUGGAAAUGGUGGAUGAGAACACCAUUUGUGUUGCGGCCAUCCUUGGUUCCACUCUGAAUGGAGAGUUUGAAGAUGUUAAGAGCUUAAACGAUCUCCUCCUGGCAAAGAAUGAGGAAACUGGAUGGAACACUCCAAUUCAUGUGGAUGCAGCCAGUGGUGGAUUCAUUGCACCCUUUCUUUAUCCAGAGCUAGAGUGGGAUUUUCGGUUACCACUAGUGAAGAGCAUCAAUGUUAGUGGACACAAAUAUGGUCUAGUCUAUGCUGGAAUUGGUUGGGUCAUUUGGAGAAGCAAGGAAGACCUUCCUGACGAACUCAUUUUCCACAUUAACUAUCUUGGAGCUGAUCAACCCACCUUCACCCUCAACUUCUCCAAAGGUUCUAGCCAAGUUAUUGCUCAGUACUACCAACUCAUUCGAUUGGGUUAUGAGGGCUAUAAAAUGGUGAUGGAAAACUGCACAGACAACAUGGUAGUGCUGAAGGAAGGACUAGAGAAAACAGGGCGGUUUGCAAUUGUAUCGAAAGACGUUGGUGUGCCAUUGGUUGCGUUCACAUUGAAGGAUCGUAACCACUUUGAUGAAUUCCAAAUCUCUGAUAUGCUGAGGCGUUAUGGAUGGAUAGUGCCAGCAUACACGAUGCCCCCAGAUGCACAGCAUGUGACAGUGCUACGUGUUGUGAUCAGGGAGGACUUUUCUCGCACCCUCGCCGAGCGUCUUGUGAGUGAUGUCACCAAAGUGUUGCACGAGCUCGAUUCGCUUCCUGCUCGGGUCAUCAGCAACACCGUCACUGCUGCCGGAGAAGAUGUCGAUAAUGGGGCCAAGGUGCUCGUUGCCAAGAAGAGUGAAAUUGAGACACAAAGGGAAAUCACUUCAGCUUGGAAGAAGUUUGUCAUGGAGAGGAAGAAGAUGAACUGUGUUUGUUAAGACUUCAGACCACUCCCUAUGUCUCUACCACCUUUCUUUUACUACAAACUACAUUAUUAUUUAUAUGAGUUUUUGAUAAAUGGGAGAACCUACCAUGUAAGUUUUGAUAUUUGAAAUUAAUGAGUUUUUGAUAUGA